AUGGCGCCGUCCGAAUUUGCUAUCCGUCUCCAAAAAGGAAUAACGGGAGGAUUUGCCCCUCCAACACCACGUCUGAUCAUCGUUAUAGACGGCAGUGACAACGAUUUGAAGAUAUCAGUUGCAAAACGUGAGGUUGGCAGCCCGGACCUAACGCCGGCAUCUCUAAAAACCAUCGUUUUCGGGGACCAUGAGGGUGUCAUCGAUGAGUUGCAUGGUAUUUUGAAGGAAUUGCCUAUAGAGCAACCUCCCGGCAGCGAGGAUAUAUACCGCAUGGAUACCAGCAUCGCUUGGCAAAGCGAUGAUCUAGAAUGGUGCAAUGGCGGGCCUCAGGGCUGUGGUGGCGGCGAAAGCUUUGUAAAUGUUGGGGAGGAGGAGAAGAAGAAGUUCAAGAGGGCAGUUGAGAUUAUCGAAGAGAUUUCUGGUGAGAAAUAA